UCGCUCAGCAGCAAGCAAAGAAUUUGAAGAGGUGAGUUUCGGGCUUGGCUGUCGUCUUCCAUUCGUGUCCAUACUUGGAAUAUCGUCACUCCUUUCAACAUUCCAACUAUCAUGCUUUUCAAACAAUUUGUGCCGCUCGUCGGCUUCGCCUUCACUGUCCCACGGGUCUGGGCAGGAUAUAACGCUGGCGCUACGAGCAACAUUGCGGUAUAUUGGGGACAAAACUCGUACGGCCAAAGUGGCUCCCAAGAUCGCCUUUCAGCUUAUUGUGCCAAUACCGAUAUUGAUAUCAUCCCAUUGGCUUUUCUGAAUCUUAUUUCCGAUCCGACAACAGUCAAUUUUGCCAGCGCCAGCGACAAUUGUACCGCUUUCCCGGGAACAAGUCUGUUGCGCUGCCCGGAAAUCGAGGAGGACAUCAAGACCUGCCAGUCCCAGUACGGCAAGACCAUUCUGUUGUCGAUCGGCGGCGCCACCUACACGCAGGGCGGCUUCCCGUCCGCCUCCGACGCCGAGACGUGGGCCGACACUGUGUGGGCCAUGUUCGGCCCGGAGCAGGGCAACAGCUCCGCGCCGCGGCCGUUCGGGAGCGCCGUCGUGGACGGCUUCGACUUCGACUUCGAGUCCACCACGUCCAACAUGGCGCCCUUCGGCAAGCGCCUGCGCGCCAGCAUGGACGCCGCCUCCACAGGCGCCGCAUCGGGCGGGAAGAGGUUCUACCUCUCGGCGGCACCGCAGUGCGUGUACCCGGACGCGGCCGACGCGGACAUGCUCGACGGCGCCGUGGCCUUCGACUUCGUCAUGGUCCAGUUCUACAACAACUGGUGCGGGGCUGCCAACUUCGUGCCGGGCGCGGCGGCGCAGAACGCCUUCAAUUUCGACGUCUGGGACAACUGGGCCAAGAAUACGAGCCUGAACAGGGACGUCAAGCUCCUGCUCGGCCUCCCCGGCGCCGCGGGCGCCGGCGGCGGGUACGUGUCGGGCCCGCAGCUCGCGGCCGUCGUCGAGUUCUCCAUGCAGUUCUCCAGCUUCGCCGGCGUCAUGGUCUGGGACAUGUCGCAGGUGUACAAGAAUCCGGGCUUCCUCGACGCCGUGGUCGCGGCCCUCGACGGUGAGGGAGGGGGACCUGUCCCGACGUCGACAUCGACGACCACGACGACCACGGCGAGUACCACGUUCACGACGCGCACGACUACCUCGUCCGAGGCGACCCCGACCGCUUCGCUUGUUCCCCAGUGGGGGCAGUGCGGGGGGCAGGGGUACGAGGGCUCGACCGAGUGCCAGCCGCCUUACACCUGCGUCACUCAAAGCCCCUGGUGGGCUCAGUGCCAGUGAUUGAAUCCAGCUUCGCCUAUAUUGAAGGCUACUUAUGCUUUUUAUCGGAUGUCAUUCCUUCUUUUUUUUCUCCGUGCGUCCCCUCCUUCCCCUGUACAUAGGUAGCCUAUGACGCUGGAGUAGUUGCGAGUAUUUUUCUAAUAUUCUGUAUAUAUUAUUACAUAUUUUCGUUGUGUUUAACGUAU